CCGCUACCUUCUAACAACGACAUUUCUGGAGGCAGAGUCGCAUACAGAUAUUCGGCUUGCUUUCACAAAUUCAACAGCGACUAUACCAACGGACUCCCCGGCAAGCAUACAAGCAUGUCUUCAAAGUCCGCCGCCGCGGUUUUGAUCGAUCCGCUCAACGCACCCGAGCCAUCGGCCGAGACAGGCCCAGGAUCCCAUUUUCAGAGCACCUACGCCCCAGCAUCGCAGAGCAAGACCCCGUCCACGACCACGCGAAAACUUGGGGCCUCGUCCACCACCCGACCACUCGGCAGCAGCAGCAGCAGCAGCAGAGAUGGCAGCCCUCGCGUUCCGGACUACCGCUCCGAAGCAUUUGCCCAACACGAUUCUUCCCACCGCCGUGUCACCAGCAAUGGCAGCCACCGUAGCCACAGGAGUACGCACAGCAACAGCGCCAUCGCUCCUGGAUCACACGAAGGCAGCCCUGUAGGAGGAUCAAAGACCGGACAUCACAGACGCUCCAGCUCGCUGAGCCAGCGCUAUCCCGGCGACAUGAGCCACCAGCCUCUUGACAUCAUUAGAAGAGACAGCAAGAAGGCGGCACGCUCACCACAUCUCAACAAGCGUCACCUGCCCGGUCCUGAUACCAUCGAUCGUCUCGAUCCCGCACUCGGCGGUAAACCCUACCACCACGAGGGACCAUACGAUGCAGCGCUGAUGUCGAGGAAUAACAACCCGAAGUACGCCCCAAUCGCAGCGUUGCAAGAGACGAACCAAGAAGCCAUCAAGGCUACGCCGCAAGAGAACAUUAGAGAUGCGCUCGAGCGACACCAGCCUCUGGACGGGGUUGCCAUCGUUCCUCCGGGUGUGCCUGAUAGGUUCGGACGCACGUACGAGUACGAAGAGGGUGCGGACUUGAUGCACGAGGACAAUCCGGAUGGGCCUGGAUACAAGCGUUGGCCUGGAAAGGAUUACGAUAAGAACGACCUCAAAGGCAAAUCCGAACCGGCUUAUUCCCUUGAUCGUCACCUCCGCAAGACCUCCCUGAACGAUAACGGCAUCGAGAUGAGCGACCGUAGUAACAAGAAGGACCACCGAGAUCCCGUCGAGCUCGCUGGCGGUGAGAGCAAGUAUGUGGACAUGGAGUUUGCCAAAACAAACGACCACGAUGCAGGUGGCAAUGCGGGUGUGCAGAGGAGUGGCAGCCUGCGUGCGGGAUUGAAGAAGAGGAUCGGAAGUUUGAGGAGGAAGAAGGACAGUGAUGCUUGAGGUGUUGUACUGGUCACUGGAACGCAGAAAAGCAGGGGUCGCUCUGCCUGUGGGUUUGCAUGUCAUAUAUGGAGUCUGUCUAAGAUGUGCAGCUUUGAUGAUUUGUAUAGAUUACGAAGGAUCGGCAAGUAAACAGUA